AUGAGGAACCGUUGCCAUCCGGAAGGGGGAUCACUGGAUUCAGUUGUCUCAAUGAUCGACGGUAUUUCUGCCGGGGAUUUCCUGAGCCGCUGCAGAAAUGAAGCGAAAUAUUCGUCCCAAUCUGGAUCAUCAUCUUCUGCAGCUGUAUCAUAUUGCGUAGAGAAAUCUGACGAGCUGUCGUCAUGCUGCGCGGGGCUUGACGUGCUCGCAUCGGGAUGUGGAUGCAGCUGUCCGUUGGCAUUGGACGAUUCAUACAUCUCAUCGGAAGUAUCAGAACCGUGUAUAGACAACGCUGGUUCUGGUGUCCAUGCACCCAAUGACCCUACAAUACGAGCUGAGGCAGCCAUAUCGUGUGCGGGACUUGAAGAUGGUAAUUCGCCAAUGCCAGACCUGCUAUCACCAUUCGCCGUUGUUUCAUUGCUAUAG